GCUUAACUUUGAACAAGGUCAAUCAGUCAAGUCUUCUCUCUUUUUUUCACCAGUAUAAAAUAUGCUUCUGCAUUGUUAUGCUUCAUACUCCCUAGCUAGCUGUCUAUCUUAAGAGAAAAAGAGAGAGUUUGAUUUCAAGAAAAAUGGAGAACAAUGUGUUUGAGAAUGCUUCGGUGGUGAUAGUAGGGGCCGGCCCGUCAGGCAUUGCAACCUCAGCGCUGCUUAACUCCAUGUUGGUGCCAAACCUCGUCUUCGAGAGGGAAGACUGUUGUGCUUCCCUCUGGAAGAAACGGUCCUAUGACCGUUUGAGUCUUCAUUUGGCGAAAAACUUUUGCUCUCUGCCUCUCAUGCCGCACCCAUUAAGCACUGCAACUUUCAUGUCCAAAGACACGUUCAUAAGCUAUAUGGACGAGUACGUUUCCCGUUUCAACGUCAACCCCCAUUACUGUCACAAUGUUGAGUCGGCUUUUUACGAAGAAGCUGAUAAAAAAUGGAAGGUUGAAGUGAAGAACACUAGGGUGACUGAUAAGGAGGUUUGCCCCCAAGUGUACCAUGCGGAUUUCUUAGUGGUGGCCACCGGAGAAAAUAGCCAGGCAAUUAUCCCAGAGUUGCCUGGACUGGAGACCUUUAAUGGAAAGGUUAUUCAUGCGAGUGAUUAUAAAUGCGGAGCGAGUUUUAGAGAUAAGAGUGUGUUGGUCAUUGGUUGUGGCAAUUCUGGCAUGGAGAUUAGUAAUGAUCUCUCAGAAAAUGGAGCUCAUGCAUCCAUUGUUGUUAGAAGCCAACUUCAUGUACUUAGCAGAGAAAUUGUACGAAUUGGGAUGAUACUGUUGAAUUUCCUCCCGGUGAAUAUGGUAGACAGGUUCGUUUCAUUUCUUGCCAUGUUUAGCUACAGUGAUCUGCCCAGCUAUGGGAUUCAUCAACCAGCUGAAGGCCCUUUUUUCUACAAAACACUUACUGGAAAGACUCCGGUAAUCGAUCGUGGAACUAUCAAGAAAAUUCGCUCCCAAAAGAUUAAGGUUUUCCCAGGAAUAGAGAAGAUACACAACAAUAUUGUGGAAUUCAAAAAUGGUGCCCUCCAGCGUUUCGAUGCCAUUGUGUUGGCAACUGGUUAUCGAAGCGUUGCGCACAACUGGCUCAAGGAUUAUAAGUUCGUUUUUAAUGAGGAUGACAAGCCAAAGAACAAGUAUCCAAACCACUGGAAAGGAGAAAAGGGCGUCUACUGUGUUGGAUUCACAGGGAGGGGAAUUCAAGGGAUUUCGUCUGAUUCUAAGGCUGUUGCUGAAGAUAUCUAUCAGCUUUUAAUGGCACAGAAACCCACUUAUGCUGCAAGAAUGGUUUAG